UCAAAUCAGAACGAAAUACCAUGAAUUGUAUUAAAAUAUGGACAAUUUUGUGCGUAGCUGUUUUCGUCGAAACGGCACCUGUCAUUAUCGAUUCAACCGUCCAAUCGGUCGCAUUUCAAAAUUCCUCUUUGCACAGCACCUGGACGGGUAGCAGUGGACAGUGUAUAAAUGUUCGCAACCUCGAUUUAGUUUACUAUACUCACGCACACCUACAACCUGUUUCUUCAAGUAGUUCAGUUACCAGCAACUACUCAUGGUCUGGAUCGAAGACAAUCUAUUGCAUGGAAAUAGUCACAAAUUUCGGAACGACUGGUCGAAUAACAGUGGGUGGUGUUGGUUACAAAACAACUUCGCUUGAGGCAAAAUCGCUGACAGGAAAUGAUUUGGAAAUUAUGAUUUAUAUAUAUGCGGAUUAAAGUAAUAUUUCUUACUUAUAACUGGUUUAGACAGUACCUAGUUAAGUCAUACGUGGGGGUCAAGUGGGGGUGAGUUUUUCUCAAGGUACAGGCCAAAUAUUAUAAAUAAAUUCUUGGUAAAAAAUGUUGAGGGUGGGAAUUUUUGUAUUAGUGAAAAUCUGCUGUAAUGUGUUUGAUGUUUUUGUUGUCGAUUCAAAAAUAUUUAAAUGUUUUUUACUCUUUAAAAUGUCAGUUUUGGUUAACUAAUAGAAAAAGUUUAAUGCUGCUACUUAGAUAAUGUCGAGCUUACUGUAAUUUAGCCAUACGUUUUUUGAAACAUAAGUAAGUAUAUUAAUGAUAAAAUAUAGGAGGCGACAAGCCCUUUUCACAUAAAAUAUAAUUUUUAAUAUCUUAAACAUUUGCUGGUCUAUUUUCUCUUUAUUAAUUGCAAGUAUUUUAUGGCUAUUCAUUCUAUCGCGACUUAAAAUAGAUGUGUUAAUUACUGCUGUUGUCUCAACAAAUAAGACAUCAAAAAGGCAAUAGUUAAAAUCAGUUCAAUUUAUAAUAUUAAUAAAAAUAAAUUCUAGCAUAAAAGAAAAACGGAGUGAUCUUUAUCUAUAUAACUAAAAGCAACAAAAAGGCAAUACUGUUUGAAUAUUGUGAUAUCAAUAUUUUAGAAAAUGUUACACAUCGUUUUAAUUUCUACUUCUGGAAACUUUUGGAAUAAAUAAAACUAAUAUUACUCUCACUUCAUUAUGUUGCAAACGCAGAAAAACAGGAGGGAUUAUGGCCUGGAUUUAGUUGUGAGAAUGCACUUGUUGAUAUAACGGAUAACGGACUUGUGCUACUAGACUUUAAUAGAGAGUCUGCUAAAGUCUUUGUUAGUAAUGAAACGCGUUCGGAGACCGCUGACCUAUUUGUAUUUGCGAAUGUCAUCUGUCACUUAAACAUCAUAAGUAUCACCGUAAUAAAUGUAUUAUAUGCCACUAUUACUAAUUUAUAUGACUGUGCUAAUGAAUAUUUACUU